UGACACGCAGAACUAAGAACUUCGGGCCAGUACAGCACGACACAGGAACCGCAGCCCCAGCAGGUAGAAGAGCCCCCACCACAGAGCGGUGAGCAGGACCUGUGGUUGGGAGUCGUGAGGGGAGAAAGCUUCGACAACAGGACAGGAAUAAGCAAGACGGUAGACGCACGCAGGUAUCCACCGUUAUUCAAAAAUAGAUCAUUUCUGGGAAGCCUUUCCUAAGCGAAAGUGGCAUGCAACAAAGAAGCAAUUACCAUGAAUACGUCAUUGAUACGGGAAAAUCUUUUUCAUUGUUCUCAGACCCAAAGGGAUCGAUCGAUGGAGGCUCCUCGGGACUUGAUGUAUCUCCGGCAGCAGCGUGUGGCUCCUGUGACCUGUUGAUAACUGCCAGUCCCCUGCCUCCCUCCUGUUGCAAGCGGUAGCAUGAAAAACCCCCAUCCCCACGGCUCCGCACAGGCCCUUACAGGCAAGUAUGGCUUCUGCCCUCUGCGAGUUCCCACAGCCAAGAUCUGAUGCGUGGCCCAGUCCUUCCUGGCCACUGGCUUCCAGGAAGAGCCCCUGAAUGGAUGACACCUGACACCAUGCACCACCAGUGGCUCCUGUUGGCCGCCUGCUUUUGGGUGGUUUUCAUGUUCAUGGUGGCCAGCAAGUUCCUCACACUGACCUUCAAAGACCCUGAAGUGUUCAGUGCUGAACAGGAGCUUCUGUUCCUGGCCACCAAGCCGGAGCUGGGCAACCUGCCAGAGGAGAAGCACCUGCCUGAGGAACUUAAGCCAACAGGAGACAUGCUUUCGGCCAGCCGGCCAGCCCAGCCCCUGGUCUACUCGGAGCGCCUGGAGCUCAUCCGAAGCGUCUGCCAGGAUGACUCCCUGAAGAACCUCUCGCACACUGCCGUCUCCAAGUUUGUCCUGGACCGGAUCUUCGUCUGCGACAAGCACAAGAUUCUCUUCUGCCAGACCCCCAAAGUGGGCAACACGCAGUGGAAGAAAGUGCUGAUUGUGUUGAAUGGAGCAUUCCCAUCCAUCGAGGAGAUCCCCGAGAACGUCGUCCACGACCACGAGAAGAACGGCCUGCCCCGGCUGUCAUCCUUCAGUGACGCAGAGGUUCAGAGACGACUGAAAACAUAUUUCAAGUUCUUUAUUGUGAGAGAUCCCUUUGAAAGACUCAUUUCUGCCUUUAAGGACAAGUUCGUUCACAACCCCCGGUUUGAACCCUGGUACAGGCAUGAAAUUGCCCCCGGCAUCAUUAGGAAGUACCGGCGGAAUCGAACAGAGACCCGGGGGAUCCAGUUUGAGGAUUUUGUGCGGUACCUGGGUGACCCAAACCACAGGUGGCUAGAUCUGCAGUUUGGGGACCACAUCAUUCACUGGGUGACGUACGUGGAGCUCUGCGCCCCGUGCGAGAUAAAGUACAGUGUAAUUGGACACCACGAGACCCUGGAGGAGGAUGCGCCAUACAUCCUGCAAGCAGCUGGCAUAGACCAUCUCGUAUCCUACCCGACCAUCCCUCCCGGUAUCACCAUGUAUAAUAAAAGCAAAGUGGAGCACUACUUCCUGGGCAUAAGCAAACGGGAUAUCCGGCGCCUGUAUGCACGAUUCGAAGGGGACUUCAAGCUCUUUGGGUACCAGAAACCCGAGUUUCUGCUAAACUAACACCUGGGACCCAUGAAAUCAAAUUUCUCUGUGAGACCAGGGGGCUCACCAGGUGGGGGACCUGGGCACUGGGAAGGGCGCUUCCUCCAGGGCACUCUCUGGCUUAUGAAGUGGGACCCUGACUGCUACCACACACAUGGGCCUGGAUGGAAGGUGCACCCGAGGGCCCCAGCCCAACCCCACUGAUGCCAUUGUGGUUAGGACGGCACCACCUUUUCUCCCCUCCCAGGAAGAGAGAGAUGAACAACGUGCAGCCUGAUAAACCAGGAGGGGAAAAAAUCAGUCCUCGGGUCAUUUUACUCAGUUAUUAGAGAGGUGGGCUCACCCCACAGGGAUCCGUAAUGGUCUGGAAGAGUCCUGUCUGUCACAGGUGGAUCGAAGCAAGAGCACGCAGCACACUUCAAGGAAACAUGGAGAAGUGCAUGGACUGCAAAAAACUACGGGGCUGACCCAGGAUCAAGUGUCGGUAACAGAACCAAACCUCUGGUGGACUGCCCCAUCUGGCUGCUGCUGCUGUCAACACAAAGACAACCCAGGUUUCCCCUGUGACUGUUUGUUUUCCUUCUGAAUUUGGACUGGUCAAAAGGCAGUUCCAGUCAGUACAUCUUUCCCAAACGCAUAGCUGUACAAUGACAGGUCAUAUUUCCGAAGCUCUACCUUGCCAAGUAGUUAGCAUGUUCAGCCAAGAUGGACCAUUUUGGAAGGUGAGGGGUUGUAUGUAAGGUCUCCCUCCAAGAAAGGGAACAUCUUCGGGGUCCGUCAGGGAGUGUGGAAUGAUAAUGUGAAGGCCUUCCUGGUUCCAGAAGUUGAGGCCUGCCAUGGAUUGGAGCCCAUCCGCCCUGACUGAGGGCCACACUGGGUGUGGACAGGGUAGCGGGAGUCUGCCACUCUCUUCCAGGAGCCCCUGCCCUGGGGCCGAAGGCCACCUGGGACAGAAUACCAGCUUUGCCAAAUUCAGUACCACUUACAUGAUUCACCUUCCUCUCCUCAGCCAGAUACACACCACAGACCACUGCUCCUAAAGCCAUCACCCUGGAAUAGAUGGCAAAACGUUGGGCAUUUGAGUCCACCAGCAAUAAAAUCCCACGUGGACGCAGCCUCCAGGAACUCGCAGGCCCGAGCUAGGCCCCCUGUGAAGAGCAAGCCACAGGCACCAGUUCAAAAACAGCCUGACAGUGAGGACCAUGAGGUAGGGGACUCGCCGGGAAUGGGACAGAGGCCCCAGGACUGGGGCCAGUGAGCGGAGCUGCUCUUCAAGCAGCUGAGCCUUUUUUGUUUCCUUUUGUUUUUCCUCCAUGCAGCCGUGGGAAGAGAACAGCUUCCGGAAUUUGUAAAUGUGAAAAGUCAAGCAGAAUUAAACAUACGUGCCAAACCUGAGAUGUGUUGCAGUUCCAGGGCAGGGCGCUGGAGGCUACAUGGCACCUGUAUCAGGAGACCGUGAGGGCCGCACAUAGGAGGAGGGCUGCAGGCAGGAGGCCAGGCCCCAGGCAACGGUGCCCGCCCAGCAGCAGCAGUCAGUGCCGCGGCCCUUAGCCCUCAACUGAUGCCUAAAGGAUGUAACACUUGAGUUAUUUUUAUAUGAAGUUUUAGCAAAAUCUUGUUGAAUUGUUUCAGACCUAAUGCGCUGACCAAUUACCUCUUUCCUAUUUGAAAUGUGUAACAGUGUGGAAAUGUAUGUGAAUUUAAGGCCUUACAGUUAGUCCUAAUUAAAAAAAAAAUCCCUCUCAAAAUCAA